UUCGAGAAACCCUAAAAAGGUUCUUCAUUUCUAAAUCAAUGGCGGGAAGCAGUAGUAGUAGUAGUAGUGAUGCAACGGCAAAGCUAAUACAAGAGCUUAUACUGUACGCUGCAAGUGCAGCAUUAAGUAUGGGUCUAUUAUUCUAUGGGCUUCGCAAUCUUGACCCGAAUCGCGAAGCUUCUAAAAAAGCUAUUGAAUCACGCAAACAACUCUCUAAACGCUUAGGUCGCACCCUUAUACACACCACUCCUUAUGAGGAUAUGAUUGCUGGGGAUGUUGUGAAUCCAGACCGCAUAGAUGUGGAGUUUGAUUCGAUUGGGGGACUGGAUGGUAUUAAGGAAACUUUGUUUCAGCUGGCCAUUUUACCUCUGCGAAGGCCGGAGUUGUUUUGUCAUGGGAAAUUGCUUGGUCCAAUGAAAGGGGUUCUAUUGUAUGGACCACCUGGGACAGGGAAGACAAUGCUUGCUAAAGCGAUUGCCAAAGAGUCUGGUGCUGUGUUCAUAAAUGUCAAGGUUUCUACUCUAAUGAGCAAGUGGUUUGGUGAUGCCCAAAAACUCGUUGCUGCUGUUUUUAGUUUGGCCUACAAGCUCCAGCCAGCUAUAAUAUUUAUUGACGAAGUUGACAGUUUUUUGGGCCAGCGUCGUGCAACGGAGACUGAAAUGCUGACUAGCAUGAAAACUGAGUUCAUGGCCUUGUGGGAUGGUUUUACUACUGAUCAGAAUGCAAGAGUAAUGGUCCUGGCAGCAACCAAUCGCCCAAGUGACCUUGAUGAGGCAAUACUUAGACGCUUUUCUCAGGCAUUUGAGAUUGGAAAGCCUUCUCCUAGUGAUAGAACAAAGAUACUGAAGGUAGUUUUGAAGGGUGAGAGCAUUGAAGAUAACAUAGAUUUUGAUCGGCUUGCUGGCAUGUGUGAGGGGUACACUGGUUCAGAUAUUCUCGAAGCCUGCAAGCAAGCUGCUUUUAUUCCUCUUAGGGAGUAUUUGCAAGAUGAGAAGAAAGGAGAGCAAUCACAGGCACCAAGGCCAUUGUCACAGUCUGAUCUAGAGAGAGCUUUGGCUGAAUCAAAGAGGACCAAGGUUGCUGCUAAGAAACCAGCUAUUCUGAGCUUUCGGUUGGAUGAUUAUGAGGAUUUAGACUGAGCCUGGCUCCAGCAGUAUUGUGGUCAAGUUGAUGAGAUCAUUCUUUAGGCGUUGCCUGUUUUUGAAUAUCAAUGCUCUAACCUGUUUAGGAAUUGGAAGAUAUAUAGGUGAUUUAACUUCAUUGUUUCAUGUUGUAAAUACCAUGAAAAAGUAGUCAUGAUUACAAGGUUCCGCUGCAGCACAUUCAUCUGGACUCGUCCCAUAAUUUUUUGAAGACUUUAUCAUGUACUAUUUUUGUUGUCAAAGAGGAAUUGUCUUUGGAAGUAUCAAAUCAUUGCUUUAUUUCUGAUGAAACAAGUCCACUGUGAAUGACUUAGCAAUA